AUGUGGAUAGCACUGUUUCAUCAUUUUUGGCAUAAAUCCACUGAUAGGGUUAGUAGGUCUAAUGAUCUAGGUUCAGCACCGCGUUCUAGUGCUAGUGCACCCGGAGAUAAGUCGUUCUUUGAUUCAUUGCUUUCUUCCCAUGGCGAGCAUAAACUCAUAUUUGACCUGAGGCAUUACCUAAAUUUAUCAGGAUUCGACUUGAUGGAAUAUAAAGUAUUAACCAGAGAUGGUUUUGAAAUUAUUCUUCAUCGUAUUUUGGUGCGGAACGAAACUGAUGAGCACAGGGCCAAGAGAUAUCCAGUUCUUAUGGUCCAUGGACUAAUGCAAUCAGCUGCUGCCUAUUGUACAAGUGGUGAUGAUAGUCUUGCUCUGUGUUUAGCACGAGAUGGUUAUGAUGUCUGGCUUGGCAAUAACAGAGGUGGAUUCAAUCCAAAACACGCUAUAUAUUCUAUUUGGAACCCUAAGAUGUGGAAAUGGGGCAUAAAAGAAAUGGGUACAAUGGAUGUGCCCUGCAUGAUAGAUUUCAUUCUUAACAAGCGUUCCUCGACCUCUAAUUCAAACCCAAAUCGUAAUUUUGAGUCUAAUAACCACGCCGCCCUUCAUAAUCCUAAUGUUAACCACGCCUCGGAAACAAAUUCUGCGUUGAACGCAAAUACUAUCCAAGAAACCCUUUCCAAUAGCAAUAUAGGCCGUUCGGCUCCUUCUCUUAUCCUCGAUAAUAACUCUACUCCAGCUUUGCCGAUAGGGUCCAGAUCAGUGCCCGUUUCAAGAACUAGUUCACCUCGGCUAGAUGCUGGCAAAAUCGCACUUGUGGCACAUUCACAGGGAACUACCCAGGUGUUUUAUGCCCUGGCAAAGGAUUUGAUGCCCGAGCUAGCCGAUAAAAUUUCUUGCUUUUGUGCCUUGUCACCAGCAGUCUUUGCAGGCCCAUUACUGGACAGGUGGUUCUUAAAGAUGAUACGACCAAUGAACAUAUCAAUGUACCGGUUUUUCUUUGGCCAUCAUGCCUUUAUUGGCGCUAUGAGUGCUUUUCACUCAAUCAUGCCGGAAAGAUGGUAUACGUACUUUGGUUAUAUCAUGUUCAACUAUUUAUUAGGAUGGGACGAUACGCUCUGGAAUGGGGUAUAUAGGAGUCGCCAGUUUCUAUUCUCACCUGUCUAUGUUAGUGCAGAUUUGAUGUACUGGUGGCUUGGGAAGAAUGGGUUUGCUAGUCAGGGUUGCAUUUUUGACCAGAGCUCACCAAGGUGGUUUGACUCCGAUACCCUUCCACCAUUGCAGCUUUUUGUACCUGGUAGAGACAACCUCGUGAAUCCGUUUCGUUUGGUCAACCGUCUCGAGACAUAUGAGAACCCUCGUCGUCUUGAAAUUGUAGACCUUCCCAACUACUCGCAUCUAGAUGUCCUAUGGGCAGCCGACGCUUCGACUUCGGUAGCUGACCCUAUGAGCAAGUUCAUUUGGUCUUGUGUUGAAGAUAAACAGCAAUGGAACUGCCCGGGACACUCGCAAUGGCCCGCUCCUCUUGUUCCAUUGCAUUCUCCUUAUUUAUAG